AGACAAUUUGCAAAACUUUCUCCUACUUGUUUCAGCCAGACGAUCUGAAUUAAUAGUUCAUGACGAAAAUCCUCUGGUAAAUUCUAAGGUAUGAUAUCUAUCACAUUUCUUAGCCGAUGCAACCGUCUUUCAAGUUCACUCUGUACUUUUAAUAUAUAAAUAUAUAGGCCUAUAUUUCUAUAUUCUACACUUACCUCUUCUACACUGUUUUCACAUUUCUCCCACCAUGUUUUCUAUCUGGCAUUAUCUGUCCAGCUGCUCAAGUACUUUAUCAUUUUAUAUUUUAAUAUAUACAUUUUAUUUAUGACGAUACAUUUUUCUCAAAACAUUUUUCCAACUGAAAUAACCUGACCACCUUUGGGAAGAACACACUUUUUUCUUAGACGAAUUUUCAUUACGUUUCAGUUUUUAUUUCAAAUUUUAAAAAUCCCUGAAAUCAAACUCUCACUCCAAAACUAAAUUAAUAAUUUAUAAUGAUGAUCCAAUGCUGCUGAAGGCAUUAUAUAAUGCCUUCAUAUAAUUCCUUCAUAUAAUGGAUCAUCACAUAAUGAAUGAUGACCCAAGCUGCUGAAGGCCCUGAGGUCUUGGGUCAUCCUGGUCUUCCUCUCCCUGUCCUCAGUGUCCCUCAAUGGGGCAGAUCUUGUCUCACUAUGGGUUCAGCAAUGUCAGUCAGCUGACAGUGCAGCAUCUGGAGAAAAUCUGUCCAGCUGUGUUGACACAAGUAGUGCUACCCUCAUGUCCAUACACCAUCCCAACUUCUCCCAAGCCUGUGGACUACCUUGUGUGGGGGUACGGCUUCCUGGCUGUCACUGUGAUCAACCUGGCCUCCCUGCUGGGCCUGCUGCUCAUCCCCUUCACCAAGAAGCCCUACUUCCCCAAGGUGCUCACCUACUUCAUCGGCCUGGCCAUCGGGACCCUGUUCUCCAAUGCUGUGCUGCAGCUCAUUCCAGAGGCGCUAGGGUUUGAUCCCAAAACUGAUAACUACGUGCUGAAUGCCAUCGGGAUAUUUGGAGGGUUUUACCUGCUGUACUUCACAGAGAAAGUCUUGAAGAUGGUGCUUCGGGUAGACCAUGAGCAUGGCCACGGCCCCUCUGCCCCUGCAGAGCCAUCCCAGCUGAAUGGAGACCUGGAGGUGAAGAAGGAGUGCAUCACUCUGGCCAACAUCAGCACCAUCAGCGCUGAGGAGAGUAGUAUGAACCUGCCUCCGUUGGAUGAGACUCCACAGGAGGUGCACGUGCCUAAUGUGAUGUGCCACUGGCUCCGGGGACAGCGCAUCGCCAACAUCAAGACCGUGGCCUGGAUGAUCACCCUGAGUGAUGCUCUGCACAACUUCAUCGACGGCCUGGCCAUCGGGGCCUCGUUCACAGUGUCCUUGCUGGCUGGGUUCAGUACCUCCAUCGCCAUAGUGUGUGAGGAGUUCCCUCAUGAGUUGGGCGACUUUGUCAUACUGCUGAAUGCUGGUAUGAGUAUCCCCCAGGCCAUCUUCUUCAACCUGCUGUCUGCCAUGUCCUGCUAUUUUGGCCUUGCCUUCGGGAUCCUUCUUGGCAGCAACUUCGCCCCCAACGCCAUCUUCGCCAUCGCUGGGGGAAUGUUCCUCUACAUCUCUCUGGCAGACAUGUUUCCUGAGAUGAACAGCAUCUUGAAUGAGCAGGAAGGGACUUUGAAUAAAGUCAUCUUCUUCCUCAUCCAGAAUGCAGGCCUCCUGACAGGAUUUGCCAUCAUUCUUCUGAUCACCAUGUUUGCAGGUGAUAUCAACCUGGGCUGAAGAGAGAAAGAGAGAGAAAGAGAGGGAGAUAAAGAAAACGAUUGUAACAAGAUGCAAGUGAGCUGCUUCUGCACAGAUUUGAGAUGAUCAGGACUGAAUGUAAACUGCUUGUUUUGUACAAAAAUGAAAUAGUUUCUAAAACAAUUUCUAUAGUUGUUCACUUAGUCGUAAAAAGGGAAAAUAUUAAAUACAAUCACUGGAUGUUAAUUGUGUCAACAAUGUAUUUUAAAAGACGUUUUGAAUAAAUUAUUGUCAGUCUCUACCGUGCUCACUUUAAUGUGAGCAUGCCUGUCUUUAGUCCAUUCUGCACUUUUCUUAUGAAUUCAUCUUGUUAGAUAAAAAAAUAUAGCCUAUAUAUUUGAGCAACACAUAUUUGUUUUCGAUUAUGGUCGGGUGCCAAGAUUAAUCUGUUUAACACCAAAACGAUCGCUGUUUAUCAUUUGUACUGUCUGCAAGCUUCAAUCACCCAUGUGCACUUUUAUUACCGCCCCACUCACAGGGAGCAGGAAAUACUGAUCACGAGUUGUUUUUAGAGCUGCAUUACGUUUCCUAA